AGAAAAUCGUGUCCUUUUUUCUGUGCUGAUUCCAUUUCCGAUUAAAUAUUUGGAUUCGUCCUGUGCCACUCCAUCCUGGAAACGCCCCUGCGUCCGUGAUCCGCGUCUACGAAGUACGACAUCAGUAGGCGGUGCUGGAUUUUACUCCGCAGUUUCUUCGGCUGCAGCCGGUUGUACUUGUGGCAAACAGCCCAGUAUUAAACAUUAAGCUGGUUGAAAGCUUGCACGACGAGCUGUUAACGAUUCUCUCACCUGUUGGUCAUGCUCAAAAUCCCCCCUGAUUAAGCGAAGUGAGGCGGGCACCUGUGGACCACGCACAGCUGUUUAGACAUCUGGAAUCAUCAGAUGUGAAGGCAGUGACGCCAGACUAAUCUGAUUAUCUCUCGGGUGAGAAUGAGCGAGAAAGCCACUGGAGUGCAGAUCAUCAGUGAAGUGCUCGCAAGGCAGAAUAAAGGGGAUGAGGAGGAGAAGCUGACAGAUGAUGAGGAGCCCAGAGUGUGUGGUGUCUGUGGAGAUCUGGCAAAUGGUUACCACUUCAAUGCCUUGACCUGCGAAGGCUGCAAGGGCUUCUUCAGACGUACCAUAAAGAGGUCAAACCAACUCCGCUGUCCAUUCCUGAAUAAAUGUGUUAUAACGAAAAACAGCCGCCGGUCUUGUCAAGCCUGCCGCAUGCGCAAGUGUCAGGCCAUUGGCAUGUGCAAAGACAUGGUCAUGUCUGAUGAAAAGGUGCUGGAGAGAAGGGUCAAAAUCAAGAAAAAGAAGAUACUUAACACCCCAGUUCAGCUUUCAUCCCAACAAGAAAAACUUAUUCAGGAACUGCUCUUUGGUCACCGCAGCACAUUCGACUCGGCAUUUUCCCGCUUCAGCGGCUUCAGGCCUAUGGACCGAAACAUCCUUCCUGUGAAUACGCACAAGCAGACGGCAAGCAAGCUCUUUAACCCUCUGACCGAGUGCCCUAGAAACGCCUGCAGCACUGCGAGUAAAUCUACCACCGAGCCCACAUCAUCGCCAUCGGCCACCUCAUGCUGUUUAUCCUCCUCCCGUUUCCACAGUUCCAUUAAAAAACAAGAACACCACAUACGGAACGAUGUCGAAAACAGAUGUGUUUUCACCGCUCUUCCGCAUGUGGCCGACCUCACGACUUACAUGAUCCAGGACGUCAUUAGCUUUUCCAAAAGUCUCCAGGACUUCCAGUCUCUUACCAUGGGAGACCAAAUAUCUCUGCUGAAGGGAGCCACGUUUGAAAUAAUGCAGAUCCGUUUUAACAUGGUGUUCAACUCAAAAACAAGCACAUGGGAAUGUGGCCAUAUUACAUACUGCAUAGAUGACGCCGUACGAGCGGGAUUUCAGCCACUCCUGCUGGAGCCCCUGUUCAGAUUUCACCACACCCUGCGCACACUGGGCCUACAGGAGGAAGAAUACGUUCUCAUGCAAGCCAUGUCUCUGUUUUCUCCAGAUCGUCCAGGCGUGCAGCAACACAGCUUGAUUGACAAGGUUCAUGAAAACUUGGCACUGACGCUAAAAACCUGGAUUGACUGCAAGAGAUCAGGUCCAGAGAAACACCUGCUGUAUCCCAAAGUGAUAGCCUGCUUUACGGAGAUGAGAACAAUGACUGAGGAGUACAGCAAACAAAUUCUACAGAUCCAGGACAUCCAGCCUGACACCAUCACUCCUCUCAUAAUGGAGGUGAUCGGUAAAAGCUCCUCUAAUGACUUAUGAAGUAUCUGCUGUACAUGAGCAGCACAAGCACUGUUAUUAAUGGGGACGCUUAAAUGAAUGUAUCCUAUUGUUAUUUUACAUGUGUCAAAAGAGUAAAGACUGUCUUAAACACCGACAGGAAAAAAACUGUUAACAGGAGAAUAAAGGGGAGAGGGAGUGAACGGGUCAGUGUUGUGACUCUUAAAGUGAGUCAGAAAAAGCUGCUUUUUAUAUAGAGAGUUUUGUUCGUUGGUCUAGUUUUGUGCUUUUGUGCUUUUUUAUUGUAAACCGUGAUGAAUGUAGCGUUUCUGAUGGAAUAAAAAGACAAACACUGCCCCCCUGUGGCCACACACAGAAAAACAGAUUCUCUGUGAGGCUGAUCUGCACUGCAAACAUCUGGACUGUCAAAAGUUUUGUUGAUCACUUUUGAUCUACUGGUUUAAAUAAACACGUGUAAAGGGAGGAA